AAUGAAAUUGCACCUUUAUCCGUGCAGGCGGCAUUGACGUAAAGCGUCCUGUCAGAGGUUAUGGUCAAUACUUGUACAUACAAAAGUAAAAGUCACAGGAAUAAAUGUUCAUGUAGCCGUUAAAUAGACAUAUACUCAUUUUCCUUGAGUUAUUUUUAUAAGGAAGUCACGGGAAAGCUACAAUCUUUCAACAUGUCUGGAGGUAUGCUUUAUGGUGGAGAUGAAAUAGGAGCAUUAGUCUUUGAUCUGGGCCAUCAUUCCUUAAGAGUGGGCUAUGCUCAGGAAGAUACUCCAAAGGCAGAAAUCCCGGCUGUUGUUGGUAUUGGAGAGGAUGCCAAUGGUACAGUCACUAAGAAUGAACCUAUGGAUAUUGAUGAUAAGAAGCCUGAUAGUAAUAUUACACAAAGCGGGACCAAAUAUUACAUUGAUACCACAAUUCUUCAUGUUCCACGAAAAAACAUGGAGGUUGCGAGUUAUAUGAAAGAUGGUAUGAUUGAAGAUUGGGAUCAUUUUGAAAAGGUUUUAGAUUAUACAUAUUCAAAAAUAAUCCAAUCUGAUGCUGAGUAUCAUCCUGUAUUAUUCUCUGAAUCACCAUGGAAUAUGCGCAGCAAGAGAGAGAAGUUAACCGAACUAAUGUUUGAAAAAUAUAAUGUACCAGCUUAUUUUCUCGUGAAAAAUGCAGUUUUGGCUGCAUUUGCAAAUGGCAGAGCAACUGGUAUUGUUGUUGAUAGCGGUGCUACGCAUACAUCUGCUGUGCCUGUGCAAGAUGGAUUUGUAUUGACACAAGCUAUUGUUAAAUCUCCCCUUGGUGGAGAUUACAUAAGCAUGCAAUGCAGGCAAUUCUUACAGGACAAUGAUAUCGAUUUAUCUCCCCCUUAUAUGGUGGGCAGCAAAGAAGUAGUCAAAGAUCAUGAUAAACCACGAUGGGUUAAAAAGAAAGGUUUACCCGAAGUCUCUAAGUCUUGGCAUAAUUAUAUGGUGAAGAAGGUAAUUCAGGAUUUCCAAGCGACAGUUCUCCAGGUAUCAGAAACGCCAUACGAUGAGAAAAUUGUUUCUACAAUUCCUGCAGUACAAUAUGAAUUCCCUACUGGAUAUCAUCAGGAUUUUGGAAGCGAAAGAUUUCGAAUACCAGAAGCGUUAUUUGAUCCCAGUAUGGUACAGAUGCGCGGAGGUAUGGUUGGUAAUACCAUGUUGGGAGUGGGACACAUCGUCACGACUAGUGUUGGUAUGUGCGAUGUCGAUGUACGACCGGCGCUUUACGGGAGCGUUGUGGUAACUGGUGGCAAUUCAUUUAUUCAGGGUUUCCCAGAACGCUUAAAUAGAGAUUUGUCCAUGAGAAUACCUUCUAGUAUGCGUCUCAAAUUGAUCAGCGCCAAUGGUUGUGCAGAGAGGAGAUUCGGAGCUUGGAUAGGUGGUUCAAUAUUGGCUUCAAUUGGUACUUUCCAACAAAUGUGGAUCUCCAGUCAGGAAUAUGAAGAGAGCGGAAAGAGUCAAGUAGAAAGAAAAUGUCCUUAAACCACAACAUUUUGUUGUAUGUCUUCAUCGAGUCGUCUUAAAAGGUCAGAUUUGUACAGAAAAAUAUUGCAUAUAGAAAGUGAAUACAAUUUUCGGGACACAAAAACUUACGUUCUAUGAUAUUGGGUGUGUGUAUUGUUUGAUCAUCUAUAAAGAAUUUGAGAAUCAUUAAACAUCUUUUUACAUAAAAUAACUUUUUAUAAUGUUAUAGUAAUAAAUAUACUUGUGAUGUUAUCAAAUUAUGACAUGUCUACUAGCAUUCAAUACAUACAAGUACAUAUAUUAUAAAUGAUAUUACACUAUGUUCCGAAUUAUGCUAUAAGUAAAGGAAAUAGAGGAAUCAUUAUUUAUUAUUGAUGUCCUAUGAAAAUGCGACGAAUUUUGUAAAAAUUAUAAGAUUUUUUAUAUAAAACUUACCAGAGACUCUGUCUAAACUUGUUAUCUGCAGUUUGAUCAAUUUUACCACAUUUACUCGAUGUCCUGUUAGUCUCACUGCCAAGUGUUAUAUACGUCACAUUGGAAUUGUGGACAUUUGAUCUUGCUAUAGCAAAUGUUAUUACAAGAAAGAGAAUAAAGAGCAUAUGUUCACCUGAAACAUCUCUUCUAUAGUACAUACAUGUAUUUUGCAUUGAAAUAAUAAAUAGGUAUAAAAUAGAAGUACAAAGGAAAAGGAAUGUGUCUCUUUUCAAAUGCCUUAAUUAAUUAUUGAUCAAAGAAGCAGCAUUAUACUGAAAUAGCAUUACUGACUAAACUAUGUAAUUAAAAAGACUAGGAAAGGAAAGGAAAGGAAACUUAAAGUUUGUCUUUAUGUGCCUGCAAUAACGAAAGAUGUUAAUCUAACAAAUUAGCUAUUAUUAGGUUUGAAAUAUUAAUGAAUAUAGGAUAGUUAUAAAGCCUACAUUUCAUGUCCCGCACCUAUAUGUAGAUCUUUAAUACAGUCACUUACUAAUUAACU